ACGCAUCCUGCGCCAGCGGCCUGCCCGGCGCCCCAGCCCCUGCUCGCCGGCGUCCCUUCCCCGCGCGGACCUUGGAGACCCAUCCCAGCGUCACCCUCGAAACCUUUGUUUCAUCUCGGGACCCGGGCGCGGGGUCCCUGCUGCGGUCUGCGCGUGGCCGAGGGUAGCUGGGAUCUGCGAGGGGCCCUGGGGGACCUGCGCUCCUGACCAUGGGGCCCUUGAGCCGAGAAACCUGGGCCCAGCGCUUGGGCGCCUUCCGGGCCAGCCCGUCUGCCUUCAUGGCAGGUCCUGAGGGUGAGGAUCUGGGUCGUGACCUGCUGAGCGACCUGAGAAGUGAAAAGCUGAAUGAACAGGCCAAGGUUUCUUUGCUGACCCUGAGCUUGGAGUACCCAGCCCAGCUGUGGCCGGACGCCCCUGCAGCCGAGGCAGCCGCCACCUUCCUCUUGGACACCCUGGACUCUUUACCCCCACGGCCCUCAGCUCUGCGGCGGCCCCUGUUGCUGGCGGCCACCACAGCCCUGGUGUCAGGAGAUGUGCUGAGCCCCACCUCGGGAGCCUCCCUCCGGCUCCUGCCCCUACUGCUUGGUUUGGCUUCCAGCGGCGAUCUGGGGUCAGGCCUUGGCCCCUCCUCGGAACAGCGCUCCCUGCAGGCCACAGCGUGCGAGUGCCUGCGGGAGCUGGAGAGCUGCAAGCCGGGGCUGCUGGGGGGCUGCCUGGGGUUGCUGAGAAGUCUGCUGGGGCAGGAGGGCCCGGUGGGCCAGGUCCAGCCGCUCAGCCUGCUGUUGGCACUUGCCCUUCGCAAUACCUUGGUGAUACAGGCUAGGGCUAGGGCCAGUGGGCAGGGCCUGCUCACAGCCAGGGUCCCUUCCACUGGGAGUGGCCUCUGGGACUGGACACUAGCCGAAGAGGGUGAUGCCCACCUUCAGCCCCAAGCGCCCAGCUGGCCGGCAGCUGAGGAAGACGGUGGCCUUUCAGCACUAGAGCCCAGUCCCGAGGAGGCCAGGGAGCUUCGGGCUGCGGUGGCCCAGCUUCUGGACACCUCCUACCUGCUCACUCCUGUGGCCCAGGCCCAGCUUUUUUGGCUGCUGGGCUGGGCCCUGCGGGGUCUACGGGGACAGCCACCAGUGCUCUUUAAGCCGCAGUUGGUACGGCUGCUGGGCACAGCACAGCUGACCCUGCUGCACGCCGUUCUGGCACUCAAGGCGGCCUUCGGCGAGGCACUGUUCACAGCCCAGGACGAGGCCUUGCUGCUCCGCCGGCUCACCUUGGCCGCCCAGCACCCAGCCCUGCCCCUGCCCGUCCAUCUCUUCUACCUGCACUGCCUCCUGAGCUUUCCUGAGAAUUGCCCGCUGGGCCCUGCAGGCGAGGAGGCUGCCCCGCUGCGGUUAGAGCCCCAGCUGUGCCAUGGCCUCCUACCCAGUCUCCUGCACGAGCCCAUGGCCCUCCUGGCCCGCCUGCACCUGCUGUGCCUGCUCUGUGCCGAAGACGGAGACGAGGAGGAGAAAGGCCAGGGUCAGAGGCCCCGGCGCUACCUGGAGGAACUGCUGGCCGGCCUGUGGCAGAGGGCAGCCCUGAGUGGGGGCCCCCGGGCCUUGGCCACACUUUGCUUCCAGGCCUCGUACCUAGCUGCUCGCUGCCUGUCUGGGCAGCCUGCAGCAUUGGCACCCUUGACUCACGGACUGGCCCAGCUGUACCGGGCCCGGCCUGCGCUGGCUCCCCAUUUUGUUGAUCUCUUGGACCAGGUGGGCUCUGAGCUGGGGGAGCCCCUGAGGGUGUUGUUGCGACAAGACUUGGUGUCCAGGUCAGGCAGGGAUGAAGCCCUUCGUUGGCACCUGCAGAUGUUGGCAAAGGUGGCAGACCGGGAUGCCCAGCCUGCCACCCUUCGCUUCCUACAGGCUGCAGCUGCCCACUGCACAGGCUGGGGCCUCCAGCAGGCCCUGUUGCAGGUCUGCCGGGCCCUGCUUCGGGCGGGUGUUGGGGGAGGCCUGGCUGACUUGCUGCAAGCACUGGCCAGGCAGCUGGGGGACCCCGAUGGGCGGGACCACGCCCGCCUCUACUACAUUCUCCUGGGCCACCUGUCAGAGCCCAAGCUGGGGGUAGCCCUGGGUCCCUCACUCGCUGCACCUGCACUGGCCUCUUCACUGGUGGCCGAGAACCAGGGUUUUGCCACGGCGCUGAUGGUCCAGGAGGCGCCAGCCCCAAUCCAGCUGAGUGUGGGGCCUCGCAGAGCCGAGGGCCCGGCCCCGGUGCUGCAGCUCCAGGUGGAGGUGCUGGAGCCGGUGUACUCUCUGGAGCUGCGCUUCCAUGUGAAAGGACAACUGUACGCACCCCUGGACGCUGUCCAUGUCCCUUGCCUGUGCCCUGGACGCCCCGCUCGCCCUCUGCUCCUGCCCCUGCAGCCCCGCCGCCCAGCUCCCACGCAGCUGGAUAUCCGAGCCCUGUACACCACAGCCGCUGGCCUCACGUGCUAUGCUCGCCUGCCACCCCUGCCUGUGAAAUUUGCUGACCUCUUCCUGCCUUUCCCCCAGCCGCCCGAGGGGGCCAGGCUGGGAUUCUUUGAGGAACUCUGGGACUCCUGCCUGCCAGAGGGUACUGAGAGUCGCCUGUGGUGCCCUCUUGAGCCACAGGGGCUGGAGGCCUUGGUGUCCCGCCACCUGGAUCCCUUCGUGGUGGUGGCCCAGCCUCCCACUAGCUACCACAUAGCCAUCCGCCUCCCCCCAGACUCGAAGCUGCUGCUGAGGCUGGAGGCAGCCCAGGCGGACGGCGUGCCGGUGGUCCUGCGGACAGAUGACUGGGCUGUGCUGCCUCUGGUGGGAGACUACCUCCGCGGGUUGUCAACUGCUGUCUGAGCCCUGGGGUCGGGCACGGCAGGUGGGAACAGGACUGUGGCCUUUGUUGGGUCUGGCCUAAGGGUUGCUGGGGGCCAGAACCCAGUCCUACGGCUCCUUUAAAAACCUACACUCACCAAUGCCCCUCACUGCUUUGUUUUCUUCUGGCUCCCGAUCGGGGUCAGAACUCCUGGGAUGGGGGUCAGGAACCCCAAGAAAGCUUCCAGGCAAAGAACCCCCAGACUACAGGGCUCCAAAGUUCCUUCCUGCCAAAACAGGCCGUGAUUCUCCAGAAUCCCUGCCCAAGAGGCAGGACUAAAAAACAUCUUCAUCUCUGCUUCCCAGAGAGGGUCUGGCCCUGCCCAAAUCACCCAGCAAUUUAGGAACGAGCUCGGAGCUGGGUUUGGGCCUCCUGACGCGUGGCCCAGCACUUUCUAACACCCGAGGUUUACCUUGAAUCUCAGGCUGGAUGGGCCGAUGGGCCGACGGUCAGAAACAGGGAGGGAGAGGAGGCUGCACCAGCCCUGGGGUGGGGGGCUUGUGCGGACUGGAGCCAGCUCUAGGAAGGACUCAGGACAGUUCGGGGCUGAGAGAGGUGUCCCUGUGAUCUGGGCUAAAACUAAGCUGGCUUUUCUCACCCCAUCCUCUAGGAAGCCACCCGUGGACCUAGAAAUCUUCCCAGGUAAGAACCAACGCCCCUAGUUCUUACUCAAAACAGAUAAGAUACUUAGGGUGCUGAUGUAUUGAGGCCAGCUCUGCUGCCAGGCACCGAGCCAGUGUUUUCCACAUAUGUUGCCUCAUUUCAUCCUUGCAACAGCUUGGCAGGGCCCCGCAGAUGAGGACAUCUGUAGGCGAGAGGGGUUGAGUGAUUUUCCUGUGGUCAUGCAGGUGGUUGAUAAUCAUGUUUUGUCAUCCUGGAGCAGGUUUCUGUUACCACACCGUCAGAGCACAGCUCUGCAUGGGCCACAGGGACACAGAGUUCCCACUCCUCCUCCUUGGGCCAGCCCCCAGGAGGCUGCAGGUGCAGCAGUCAGCAGUGCUGGGUGGAGAAUGACCACUGAGGGUCAGGCCUUGCUGUGCUGGGGCAAGGGCCUCUGCUGCUGCCCCUGCCUCCUGGGCUCCCAGCCUGCAGGUCCCCGUGGGCCAGUCUUGUCCCUCCUGAUGGGCGCGCUAGGAGAGGAAAGGGCCUGGGACAGGUGUGGCUGUUGCAGAUCGGGAAGCCUGCCCCAAGCUCGAGCUCCCGCAAUAACCUGCUGUGUGAUCUGGGCAAAACAUCGCCACAUCAGGAAGGGUUCGGUUCCAGGAAGAGGAAACUUCUCCAGCUGUUUGCGGCAGAAAAGAAUUUAAGAUGGUGUUAGGUACUUACAAAAAUCUCCAGGAAGGCGGGAAAAUGAUCCUCCAGGCCACCACUGGAACCAUUGAGAACACACCAUCUUGCCGGCAGUCCAGCUCCUCUCCUCAGCACCCAGGAGGGUGGGCCCAGGCCCUGGAGCUUGGGGUGUGGCUGCCACCACUGCCUCUUGAGUCCUGCAAAGCCAGAGAGGCGACGCUGCUGCAGAAAGACUGACCUUUCCACAGCCGGCAGAUGGCCUUAGCCUUGUUUCUUCUGUCCACAUCAUUCAAAGAGCAUCUAAUGAGUGGAAUCUGUUUUUCAUGCAGACAGACCUCUUGUGGCAAAGGAGUCAGAACAUGUACUUGGUUUUUGUUUUCAUUACCUCUGAUGCAGAAGAUGGUGUUAAUCUUUCGCCUAAGAUUAAGAUAAUUGACCCAUAUAAAGACUCACCAGCCAUC